GAAGAAGAAAAAAAAGACCUUCACCGUCACGCAUAUCUCCACUUGAAUAUUCCAAGACAUAGACAGUUGUACGACUGAGCUCAUAGGUGUCGGUUUGUUGUGGACAGUGUAGUCAAUACUAAAAAGAAAAUAACUCGUAGAGGAUUGACCAUAUUCCCUGGUACUUUAAAUGUAAUUCGAAGUAAUUCUGCAGUGACAAGAUUCGACUGUGAGAAAUUCUGUCCUUCGGUAAAACUGUUAGCGACUUUUAUACUCGACUCAUCUUUCCCGCGCCAAUUACAAUAUCUGCAUAUAGUCCUUUCGAAUAGUCCUCUAGUCAGUGUAACGAACUUUUAGGCUUUGAAAAUGAGAGAAACUCACCAACUUAGAGAUAUUCAGUCCUGGAGGGACAGUGGAAUUAAACUGUCGACACCCAGCAACGAAGCAGCAAAACUAUUCGAUGCGUCCAUCUCUCAAUUAUCUGGAUGGUAUGAUGAUAAACAGCUGGGUGGCUUAGAGGCUACUAUGACAAAAAUGCUCGAGGCUGAUCCUCAAUUUAUCGGCGGUCGAUCGAUGAUUUAUGCUUUUGAUGCAGUCGGUGGAGCGAACGUAAACAAUAAUCCCACACUGAAGACAAAUGUCGAGCAGCUUAUUGCAGAUGUUGCAGCCAAUCCAAAUUGCGAUAAGUGGGAAAAGCUUCACGUAAAAGCUUUAGAACAUUUGUCGAGCAGUGGUAUCGACGCUGCUAUCAGACAAUGGGAAGAGAUAUUGGUCGAAUAUCCGUCGGAUAUUUUGAGCUUACAUUUGACUGGAUUGACCUGUCUCAUGACUGGCAGACUAGAAAGAAUUGGCGACAUUUCUGGCCGUGUUUUACCUUCAUUCAAAGACGAAUUUUCCCUCAGCACUGCCCAUGCGUGGCAUUCAUUCGGACUGAGUGAAAUAAAUUUAACUACGCAGGCUGAAUGGCACGCUCGAAAGGCAUUAACAAUAGACCCGAAAAAUGGCUGGUCAACUCAUGCCUUGGCUCAUGUAUUCGAAAUGACGUCGCGCUCCAACGAAGGGAUAGCGUACAUGAACCAGGGCGAAUUGCUGUGGAACUUUUCGAAUCAUAUUGCCGGUCACAACUACUGGCAUUGGGCAUUGUACUACCUCACCAAUGGCGACUUCGAAUCGGCUAUUGAUGUCUUAGAGAACCGGUUAAUCAACCGGGCUGGUUUCGACAGUCUUUCACUGUCCUACUUGCUGUCCAUGGAGAAUUUGUCUAUGGACAAUGUCAUGACGAAGCACAGCGAACGAAUUGAUGAGAUUGUCAGACCGUUCCGUGCCGAUCUCGUUCGCCGUUCGUUCAUCGACGCUCACGUUAUGAUGGGACUGUGUGUGUCUAAAAAGUAUGACGAAGCUGAGCAGUUUAUGGUUGAGUCAAUAGCAUGCGAGGAUUUGCAUGGAAAAAGCGUGAACGAAAAUCUGUUGCGGUCGAUCCUUUCGUACAGUCGUGAGAAGUAUGAUGAAUGCGUUGAAUUACUGUGGCCGAUUCGACACCACAUAAAACAAAUCGGCGGUAGUGAGGCUCAACGUGACGUGUUCAGUUUGAUGCUGAUCAAUGCGGCCUUGCGAUCGUACAAAUUGGAACACAAACGCCUGGCUGGUCAAUUAAUUGAGGAGCGUGAGAUUCAUCGAUCGAAAUCACCAUUAAUCGAUAGGUUAAGAGACUUGAUGUAAGGUUGAGGGUUACACUCCAGUAUUUCCAAUAUUUCCUCGAAAUUUGAAGGCCUGAAGGCCAGUUGAUUAAAACAACAAGGGAACUUGGUACAAAAGACUA